AUCGCAAAAUCAAACAUUCCAAAGAAGAAGAACUCAAACUAUUUUCACUUUCAAAGGAUCUCUGACAAAAGUAAUUGUAGCUAAACAUGGAGCCUGAAAUUAACAAUGAAACUCCUACAGUUGCUAGUUAUAUAGAUGGAAAUGUCCGUUUUUCUCAUGUUUCCGCUGUUGCUACUGGGUGGAUGUUUGACUUUAUGUUUGUAAGUCUGUGUCGACGUUUCAAGGAAGGCAAAUUUGAUGAAUUCAAUGAAGCGCUUUUGACUUUCCAGGCCAUUUCGAAGUCUCCAUCUCUGAACAGAGACCUUCAUAAUGAGAAAACGAUGAUAUGUGCCUUCCUUGUAAGAGUCAUGCAUGGAAAACAAUUGAAUGUUCUGUUCGAAGAGGACGAUCAUGUGAUGCCUUUGAUGUCUGCCACCAAAAUAUGGUCAAACCUAGAGCACACUGUGGCAGAUGAAAGUUUGUUCACAACCAUCACCAUUCUUUUGCUUGUCCAGUCUGUGGCUGUGUGCUUGGAGAAGGGCAAAAGAUCUUCUGCCUCCUCUGUCCUGAAGUGGUUUGAAAAUAACAAGGAAUUCCCACAGAAAGUGAGAGUUAAGCUGUUGACAAUAGUGACGCGGAGGGAAACCUACCACCCAUUCCUCAUGAGCUUCAGCUUCAGCCGCCUGCUGGACACAAUACAAACUUACUUGGAUGCCUACUUGGAGAAGAAUCCCUCUGACUACCUCCUCAAGGCAGCUGAAAUGAUGGUGCAGUCCCAGAACAUUGAGGGUUUGGAUGACGUGGUGACACAGGACAGCUCUCUCUCAGAAGAAGCCACCAAAUCAACAGAGGAUAGAAAAAAAAAGAAGAACACUGUAUGUUUGAGGACAAAACGGAAACUACUGUCGACUAAAGUUAUGGAUGCAUGGAAACCUGAUACAUGCAAGAAGGCUUUUGUCUCACUCAGAAGAAUCUCGCAGAAUGAGUUAUCUCAGAUGACAUCUCUGAAGUCAACGGACACCUUGAAGAUCACAAAAACAAGGAAACCACCACAGAAAUGGACAGCCCAGCUGGACAAAUACCUCAAGGAUGGAGUUAAACACCACGGCCAGGGGAAGUGGUCUCGCAUAUUAAUGGAUUAUGACUUUGAAGGACGCACUGGCACCAUGCUCAAAGACCGCUGGAGAGUUCUAAUGAGGUUACAUAAAGUAGGCUAAAGAGGGAGAGUUUAAAAUAUGGACUUAACUCUUAUCAACCCAUAGCUUAAUUGCUGAAGAUCUCCCUUUUGGUUAUCGGUGUGUUGUUGCUAGAGACCACUUGAGGGCACUCAAUACAGAAGUAUUAAUUGACCUAUAUGCAUUGCCUUCUGUGACAGGAUCCAUUUAAUAGUUUACAAAAUCUGUAAGUGUGCCUCUCCUAACUUUGGUGUAGCCGAUCCUGUGAAUGAAACAAGGGAUUAGCUUUCUCACUCAUUUAACCCCUUUCCGUCCAUUGGCUAAACUGUUGAAAGUGAUCCUUCAUGUUGUGUUGUGCUUUGCACCAAAAGAAAAGUCUUGCCACCAGAGGGCACUUAACACAGAACAAUAAACUGGGCUGUUAGCGUUACCCCUUUGAAAGGUCACACAUGUAUUAUAAGAAAAGAAAAAAGCAUUGUCAUAAUUUAAAGUUAUUAUUGGCAGAAAAUUGCUUUAAAACAAUAAAACAGGCUUGUUACAAUAAAAAAAUACAAAUUUACUUUGAUAUGUACUUAAUGUGUACUAAAACUACUGUACAAGUUACAACAUUGUCUUCAAAUUGAGUGCUGCAAAGUUACACAGAACAAUGGAAAUGUGCAUGGUGAUUGCAAUGAUUUUAACAUGCUUAUAAAUCAACGUGUAGCAUAUUUAUUAAAGAAAUAUUUGAAUUGCACCACC